AUGGUUAACAAGAUCUCAAGUAAUUGCAGCUCUGGUUAUGACCUGAGACCAAAAGUCAAUCCUAGCGUCAUGCGCCCAGAGCAGGCCAAUCAAGCUUGUUCAGGGGUUUACAGAGUAACCUGA